UGCACUUUGGGCGGCGAAUGAGGAGCACGAUGGUCGCCACGUUCAAAGGAGCACAGCACCGGCGGCGACGAAGCACUGUCUCCACUGAAGACGAGCUCCAGACUCCCCUGGAAGACCUCAUGUUCAGCCCAUACAAGCGCCGGAAGCUGCAGAAGCAGAAGGCCACGCAGGAUGCGGAUCUCGCCAAGCUGAAACAUGCCGCACAGUACUUUGACCUUAUUGACAGCGUUAAGCUUGAGACCACGUCCGCAAAAGCGGGCGACGACGGCAAGUCGGUGGACGUGGACUCGAAGGUCGACGCUUCGUCGUCUGCUACAUCCACACCUGCGACGACUCCAGUCAAGCAGCAGCCUCAAGCGGACACUGUCCGAGGCAGCUCGUAAGCGAAUCCACGUCAUGUACAAACACGUUCCAUACAACAAAAAGUCGUCUUUAUGCCAUAACCACGAGCAAUUCAUCCUGGACGUAGUCAAGUUCCA